AAUUACCCUCCAAGUUGCACAUACAAAUAUAACUACCGUUACUACUUCAUUAGCUUUCACACAGGGAAUCUCUCAAUGAGUAAUGUACGAUUCUGUAGCGAGGUCGAAAAUUCGUGCUGAAAUCUCCAUUCACGGAGUAGUGAAUAAUGGAAUCAAGUUGUUAUACUCUGGAUCAACACGUCAAUUCGAUAGUCAAUGCUAUCACCAGGAGCACUACGUUGUCACUGCACGUGUACAACCCUCUUGACACCACCAUGGCACACGACAGUCGCUUGAUGUAAACACCAUAAUAUCGCAGUUGUCAAAUCUGCAAAAAAAGAAUGCGCGAGCCCGGAGUCGAACCGGGGGCUCCAAGAUGGCAACUUGGAAUUUUACCGCUAAACCACUCGCGCUUCUUGUUGAUUUGUGAAAGUUCUACGUCUUUAUACUGUCAGAUACGACAAAGAGUAGAACUUAUUGUAGUUUCUGCUGUUGUGACGACUGUACACUGGUUUGUUGACUCUAAGGCCGCUGUCUGAGCCCUGGGGCUGAGGUUUAUACUGAGCUUGCGUUCUGUUACGGUGAACUUGAUCUUCGGAUGAAAACUAAUCUCAUUAACUUCCUUAUGAGAGAGCCUUCUCCUGUUAACAGCACUGCCUGUCUUUUUACUCUUUCUUCCAAAUCGGCAUUCUCAACUAGAAUGUCUAAGAAUUGCCUACGCGUCGUCUUGAUCAGUCCUGAACCCAUGCG